AUGCGAGAAUUUUGUGACAUUGAGAAGAAAUUGGGAACCUUCACGGGUGAACGCCAUGAGAAUUUUGGUGAGUGGCUGCAGAAGUUUGAGAAUUUGGCAAAGAAGCAGCGAUGGGACGAGAUCCAAAGAUUUGUGUAUUGCCGGAAGUUAAUGAAGAGUACGGCGAGGAUGUUUUUGAGUUGCACGAGAGGCCUGACCAACUGGAGAGCAUUGAGGAAAGGACUUGUGGAGGAGUUUAAACGCGAGGAAAGUUGUGCAGUGCCUAGUGACGAUGAAGAAGAAGAGUAUGAUGAUUCUGACGAAGAAGAUGAUGAAUCCGAGGAAGAUGAAUCCGACGAUGAAGAUGAAGAUGAUUCUGAGGAUGAAGACGAAGGUUCUGUGGAUGAAGACGAUGACGUUGAAGAAGAAUCAGACGAUGAGGUAUGUGAAGUAAUAGAUGAGAUCGUUGUGGAGAUUCAAAAGAAUUGUGGAGAUAGAGAAUCUGUUGAUGAUGAAGCCCCAGAAGAAGUUGAUGAAAAUUCCAAUUGUGAAGAAAAUGAUGAGCAACUUGUGGAAGUUGGAGAUGAAUCUCUUGUGGAAGCAUUUGAGGAAAUUGAUGAGAAGUUUGAAGAGGAAAUCCAAGAGAUUGCAAGCCUUGUGAUGAGUUCAGAGGAGGAUGUGAUCAAGGAGGAUCAACUGGAUGAAAAGAUGAACGAGGAUCAACUCGAUGAGAAGAUCAAUGAGAAGACGGACGCCAGGGAAACUGUGAAGGAUCAUGAAAAAUUGGAAUUUGUUGUUGAGACGAGCAGGAGAAGAAUUGAGACUGUUGAGCUGGAAGUCUUGGAAGAUAUCUUGAAGGAGAUGCCAGAGAAUAGCAGUGGACCGAGAGUGUUGUAUUUCGACUAUCGGGAGGUCAACAGCAAAAUCAAGACGAAAUGA